UACUUUCACUUUGGCUCUGAUUAGUGGAAAACAUUUCCUGGGGUGUAUCAUUUCCAGACCAGUAUAUUUCGUUGAUUUGACACGACACGAUUAUUGCUAAGCGUAGGCCCCAGAUGUGGUUAACAGUGAGUUAAACGGGUAGCUAUAGAACACUUCCUGGUUGUAUCGGCUGAUAACUUAUGUUGGUACUUCAUUGUCCAAUGAUUUGUACUGGAGACCAUGAUGGCUGAAGAUUGUACACGUCCAAAACCAAGACAGAGAGGUCGCAGGAGAGUGGUCAAGGUGCAAGACGAGACUCAGGACCAUGAACAAGCUAGUGGAAACUACAAAAGUGGAGGUGCAUAUGAAGGAGGAAAGUCCUCGAGCGGAGGUUAUGAUGAUGAAGAUAUGGCGGAGGAAAUAGCAGAUCUCCAAACACGAGGAAUUUUGCCGAAGGACUUUACCUACUCUGGAAAGGAUGGCUUGAGACGAGGAAGUUUUGAUAGUGAAGAUCUAAUCGAGGAAAUUAAUGGAUCACUUAGUAUUGGCGCCAAUUCUUCUAAAGUUAAGGACGGAAGUACUAGUGAUAUAGAUACUGAUAUUUUGAUGAGAACAUCAGAAAUAGUUCCUGAAAUUGGCGCCAAUGGUUUGCCAGAAAAUUGGUGUAUGGACAUGCAUAAAAAGGAACAUUACAAAUUGUUUCCCUUGAGGAAAGGUGACAAGGAGUAUGAUGUGGUCGAUCAAGACUUUGCUGAUGUAGGGAUUGAGGUUACAGGAAUCGAGAGGUUACAGAACACUAGAUUAUUGAAGAAGUUCAAAGAUGAAAUAGAAGACUUAAAAAUUCAUAGUACAGAUGAUUAUGAUGUGAAUGUCCAGUAUCUGUACCAUGGGACAGGAGUGGAGAAGGUACGACUGUGUGAAGAAGGCCUGGACCAGAGACUCAGUCGGAUGGGCUACUUCGGGAAGGGAAUCUACUUCAGUGACACGCCUCUAAAGUGCGUACAUUAUGCAGACGACCCAGGCAGGCCAAACCCCGAUGAGGCGUACAUUCUCAAGUGUCGAGUUAUUCUGGGUGAUAUCAAGGUUUACCCAAAGUUUAAGGAUGAUAAAGAAUUAAGGCGGGAACCAGAAAAAGAAACAAUCACACAUGGAUUAAAGAAGUAUGACUCCGUGGCGGGCUGUCCUAAGGAUUACAACGAGUAUGUUGUGUAUGACAACAGGAGAGCGAUGAUAGAAUACAUCAUCAAGUUCAAGGCGAACAAAGAACUGAUGAAGAAACUAAGGACUCAACCAGUUGCUACAGCAGCAGCUACUAUGGCAACCAAAACUUCUAGAAGGAGUUUAACGCCCUCUUUUUCCAAACCCAGAAAGUCGUCAGGAAAAGAAACCAGUGAUGAAGUAGGGGAAGCAACUUUUGAUAAUGAGAUAGGGGAAGUAACUCUCGAGGAUGAAGUAGGGGAAGCAACUCCUGAUGAUGAAAUAGGGGAAGUUACUUAUGAUGCAGCAGAGUGGGCAGAAAUAGAACCAGAGCAAAUUACUUCCACACGUUACAGGAAUGAGGCUUUUUGUGGCCCACCUGUGUCGGAAGAAGACCAUUAUGAAAGAAUCAUGGAGGUACGUCAGGCAGUGAGGAAAAAACGGCUGCAAGAAACAGAGGGCCAUGGGCACAGUAGUGUACCGCCCAUAUACGACCCUGACACUGUUUGGGAGAUUACAGAGACAUCAUACCAAGACAAUCAGAAUAUGUCAUCGGGGCCAUAUCAUCCUUCAGGAUUUGCUCUUGCGACUCUAGGCAGUAACUUCAGUGACCCAUCAGUCAGUCAAGCCCUAGACAUGUGUAUUAUAGAGUUUCUGGCGGUGACCCAGACUGACGAUUCCAAUCGUGCACGAUAUUAUGUACAGCGUGCAGAAAUGGACGUGAACAGGGCCAUCUCACUCUACUAUGAGGAAGGAUGCUAGCGUAUUAGAUAUGAGACGGAUACACACCCAUUUGCCUGAUUGUUCAGAACUUUGUUCAAGUUAACAAUGUUGUUAAUGCCGUCGUUGUUAACUUUGAAAUCUUUAUUGCUCUGGAAGUUAAAUGGAUAUACAUGUGAUCAGCAGUAUUUCUUAGAAGUUUUGAGACAGCUAUUUAAGUUGUAUCUGUUUUGUUUUAUAGCAGCACUCUCACAGAUUGAACGUUUGACAACUUUUUUUAUUUUUUGUCUUGGAAUAGGCAAAUUUUUGCGUAAAUAUCUGCAAACCAAUGAUAUAAGAUUGCUGCCAAAAACUCAGAUCGUAGAUUUUCAAAUUUCCGUCUGAAAAUUAAUGUUUUAUGGCUUAAACCGUUACUAACAGUUUAAGAAAAAUACACAAAACAUCAAUUUUUGAACUUAAAUAUAAAAAUCUGCCAACUAUUUUUUGUCAGGAAUCUUAUAUAACUGGUGUCCAUGGAUUUUUCACAAAAAUUGGUU